UAGUGUACACAUUAGCUGUAAAUCAUGUAGCACCAACCUGUGGGUUUGUGUCAACUCAGCCUCUGACUGAACUCUGAGAGAAACUUUUUCUCUUUUUUGUUCUUUGUUCCAGUUCCUAUUCUUAUAUAUACAUGUUUAUGAAGCAGAUUCAUAAAGGACCAGGACAAGUAUAAAGUUUUAAUUUUCAACUCACAGGAAUUUGUCAGUUAGCAAAAUUAGUUAGCAAUAGUGUUGUUGUUGUAGUGUUGUGGACUGACGACUGACCAUUAGCCUACAGCAUGGCUAAAAGUGUCUUCAGCUGCAUCUGUGGGCCUGUUCAUCGGAACUAGACAGGAAGAUGUAGUAGUGUGUAUCUGUGUGUGUGUGAGUGUGACAAGUAGGUGGUUCUUCUUAUCAUAUUUCUUGAUGCACAACUGAAGCCAUGAUUACCAUCAUUCUGUUUCUGCUGAUGUUCCUCCUCUGUUAAAACUGUGAGGGAGGAAGAAUAGUGAACAGUCUUUCUAUCAGACAUCCUCACUGACAGGCACAGACAGGUAAAAUACAGAUUGUGUAGAUCAACCGGAAAAAUGAGUGAACGAGGAGAAGUAGAAGUCACCUCUUCCGUCAACCAGUCCUCAGUUACAAACCACACUGAAGUUGACGGUUUGACUAACUGUGAUCAGGUCGGCACUGCAGCCAAACUCUUCUUUAUAAUAGUCUACAGUCUGGUGUUUCUGGUGGGUCUCCUCCUCAAUGGCUUCAUCAUGAAGUUUUACUUCUGCCGAGGUCACCGGCAGGCAUCCAGCAGCAUUGUUGUCUACCUGAAGAACCUGGCAGCAGCUGACUUCCUGCUCUGUCUCUGUCUCCUCCUCCGCAUCAUCAACUAUGCCAGCAGCACAGUCGCCGUCCGCCUGGUCUACUGCAACUUUGGCUCCAUCCUCUUCUUCCUCAACAUAUACGCCAGCAUCAUGUUCAUGUGCUACAUUGCUGCUAACAGGUAUCUGAAGGUUGUCCGAGGAACUUCAGGAACUCACAUCCUGCAGACAGUGCAGGCUGCCCACAUUGUCUGCACUGUAACCUGGGUUUUACUCCUGGCCAUGAGUAGCACCUUCAUCAUCCUGUCAUUCCACACCCAGAAACCUUUGACUUCUGACCCAGUGAACUGUGAAGUCAUUCACAGUGACCAGCUUAUCUAUUUCCACAAAGUCAUGCACGGCUGCGCCUGCGCAGUGUUCGUGUUUUUCCUUGUCUCCCUGGUCUUCUUCUACUAUAGUACCUCCCGCAGGGUGAUGCUGGCACAGAGAAGCCAGCCGGCGUCCUCCAGCUCCAAGAAGCUUGUAAAGUCACACAGGAAGAUCUUAGUGUUGGUCUGUGUCUUCUGCUUUUGCUUCGUCCCCUACCACCUGGUUCGCCUUUCCAAAGCUUUCCUGUGGAGAUAUUGUUCAUGGCGCAAGGUUUUAUACUACCUGAUGGAGGUGAGCAUCAUAAUGUCAGUUCUCAACAUCUGUCUGGAUCCGCUCCUUUACUUCAUCUUCUGCAAGGCGUUCAGGACCCGGCUUAGCCAGAGACUGGGGUCUAGAAAAUGAUCAUUAUUAUACAUAACAUUUUAGCUGCCAGUAAUGUAAUACAACAUUGUAACAACAACUGCUCAUUUAAUCACAACAAAAUGACUGCUAAUAAUAUAAUAACAUAAUUACAUAGCAUAACUGUGAAUAAUUUAAGAAAGAUUUUGAUAAAACCUAAUAAUGUAAAACAGAAAAACUGCCUACUGUGUAAUAAACAAGUGUAAUAAAAAUGCUUAAAAAUUGUGAGCAAUGUUAAAAAAAUAAAACAAACAAUGUAUUAACUGCUUAUACUAAAAUAAUAAUAUAAUAAUACAAAUGUUACAUUACAAUUUCCGUGGUUGUUAUGUGUUGUAAUUAUGUGUCGAGGGGAUGUAUUUAGAUACAGCUGUGCUUUAAUCUAACAUCAGCAUACUAACCUGUUCUCUAUGACUAGCGUUUAGCUGUAUGCUGCAGUUGAUAACGAGUACUAAAGCACAGUACAGCUAAAGCUAAUUGGGGCGUCAUUAGUUUAGUGUUGGACUAAUAAAAAGUCAUUUUUUUAUCUGAAUGCUGCUAGAGGAGAAGUUUCAGCAACAGUAUUAUCGAAACAAAGGUGUAUUGAAUCUGCCCCGAAUCAGCGCUCUUAUAAAUAGGAGUAAACAUUGCUCUGUAUUCUCUGCCACCACCUACACCUGUGUUCCCUUGUGCUUCUCAAGUGCAUCUAAAGUGAGUUAUUUCUUUGUCAGUUUGAUAAUGUCACGUAUUUGUUUAGCUUUAUUUAUGACUAAUUACAGUGUUUAACUGAUGUAUUGUUUGUGUUUAAAUAUUACUCUUUGUUCAGAGCUAAUGAGAAUUUGAGUUUAGUUUGAUAAUUAGGAAUAGUUAAGAUUAAGAUGAAUGAAUUUAUUACUUAUGCUGUACAUGUUUCUGUCCGUGUAAUUAAUUCAGACCCACUACUUGAUGAAGUUAAAGAGAAAUUCAUGUCAGAAUAAAACUCCUUUUUUGUGGAAUCUGCUACCUCAA